AUGACUUUGGCGGUAGCAGAAACAUUUACAUUUUCUCAUCUAGCCUAUUUGGUAUUUGAAUCUGUCUUACAGGUUGUAAUCAUUGCAUUAGCAGGUUUCUGGAGUGCACACUCUGGACUAUUACCUAAAUCAUCUCAAAAGAUUAUAUCUCUUUUAAAUGUCGAUCUCUUUACACCAUGUUUGAUCUUCAGUAAAUUAGCAAAAUCAUUAUCCAUGGCAAAGAUCAUGGAAAUCGCUAUUAUUCCAAUAUUUUUUGCAUUAACAACAGGUAUAUCUUUUUUAUCAGGUAAAAUUAUGUCCAUGAUUUUGAAACUAGAUAAAGAUGAAUCUAAUUUCGUUGUGGCAAAUUCGAUAUUCGGUAAUAGUAAUUCAUUACCAGUAUCGUUAACUUUAUCUCUAGCUUAUACUUUACCAGGUUUAACUUGGGAUCAAAUUCCAAAUGAUAAUAGAGAUAAUGUUGCAUCAAGAGGUAUAUUAUAUUUAUUGAUCUUCCAACAAAUUGGUCAAAUGUUAAGAUGGUCAUGGGGUUAUAAUAAAUUGAUGAAAUGGUCUGGUGAAAAUACAGAACAUAUGCCACCCUCUCAGAUUUUAGCUUUGCAAGAAUCUGGUGGUUCGAUUCCAUCACCACCGUCUUCAUCAGAUUCUAUGACAAGACCUCCUUCAACACCGGAUUCUAUUUCAAUGUCUGUAGAACCAACUGAUAAUGAUAAUGAUUCUGACAGUCUAUUAGCUAAUUCUACUGAAGGGAAUAGUACCAUUAGAUAUAAAUCAUGGUUCCAAGUUGUUAUGAUAUUCAAAAAGGUCAGAUCAUAUUUGAAUCCACCAUUAUAUUCUAUGAUACUUUCUAUUUUGGUGGCUUGUAUUACUCCUUUACAACAUGAAUUGUUUCAUAAGGAUGGUUUCAUUAACAACACAUUUGCAGAAGCUGUGACUCAAUUAGGUUCUGUAUCAAUUCCAUUAAUUUUGAUCGUUUUAGGUUCAAAUUUAUAUCCAUCAGAUGAAGUUUUCCCAAAGACAAAAAAUCAUAAUAAAUUAUUAGUCGGGUCUAUUGUCGGACGUAUGAUUCUUCCAUCAUGUUUUCUUCUACCUAUCAUCACCAUUGCUGUGAAAUAUAUCAACGUUAGUAUAUUGGAUGAUCCAAUUUUCUUAGUUGUGGGGUUCUUAUUAACUGUAUCACCUCCAGCUAUUCAAUUGACUCAAAUUACUCAAUUGAAUGAGUUCUUUGAAGCAGAAAUGGCAGAUAUUUUAUUCUGGGGUUAUGCUGUGUUAAGUUUACCUGUAAGCAUACUAGUGGUUUCAGUGUCAAUGUAUGUCUUACAAUGGGCUAAUCCUUCAUAA